UGUCUGUGCCAUGUGCCAUGUGGUCGAGGAUAAUUUCAAACAGCGCGUGGGACGUGGGAGUGUAAUCUACGAAAGGUCACCGGGAAACGGCGUGAAAGAGAAGCUUCCACACGUCUCCUCUGGUUGGGUGGGGGUAGUCCCUUCCCUUCCCUUCGUUCCCGCCAACUCCAAUCUUUGUCAAUGGAGAAUUCAUUGGUGGCGGUGUUGACCUUGGUCCUCUGUCUUUUCGCCUCCCAAAUCUGCGCACAAUUCGCCGUCACCCUCACCGGAAAUUCCAAUCACCGCCCCCGACCUCCUGAUGUCACUUUGUGUGCCCAGCUCAUUCAGUCCGCGGGAUAUCAUUGCUCCGAACACAAGGUUCAAACAAAGGAUGGUUACUUAUUGGCUCUUCAGCGCGUGUCUUCUCGUACUGGGUAUAUAAAAGAACAGCGGGGUCCUCCGGUCCUCCUUCAGCAUGGUCUCUUCUUGGCAGGUGAUGUAUGGUUUCUGGAUUCUCCAGAGCAAUCAUUGGGCUUCAUCCUUGCAGAUCAUGAUUUUGAUGUUUGGGUUGGAAAUGUGCGUGGAACACGAUGGAGUCGUGGGCAUAUAUCUUUGUCAGAUAAAGAUAAGGAUUUUUGGGAUUGGAGUUGGCAGGAAUUGGCUAUGUAUGAUCUUACGGACAUGAUAUCCUACAUAAAUUCUAUAACAAACACCAAAAUUUUUGUUGUUGGACAUUCACAGGGGACAAUCAUGUCUUUGGCUGCUUUCACUCAGCCAAAUAUAGAGGAAAUGGUUGAGGCUGCUGCUCUUUUAUGUCCAAUAUCAUACCUGGAACAUAUCACUGCACCAUUUGUACUUAGAAUGGUUAACAUGCAUCUUGAUCAGAUGAUUCUUGCCAUGGGCAUUCAUCAACUGAACCUUAGAAGUGAUUGGGGAGUCAACCUCUUGGAUUCUGUAUGUGAUGGCCAUGUAGACUGCAAUGACUUGCUUACUUCUAUAACAGGGGAGAAUUGUUGCUUCAAUAACUCACGAGUGGAUUUCUAUCUUGAAUAUGAACCUCACCCAUCAUCUUCAAGGAACCUGCGUCAUCUUUUCCAAAUGAUUCGCAAGGGUACCUUUUCCAAGUAUGACUAUGGAUUUUUCAAAAACCUGAAGCUAUACGGUCAGUCGAAACCUCCUGUAUUUGAUCUUGGCCGCAUACCUGACUCACUAUCACUAUUGAUGGCUUAUGGGGGCAAUGAUGACUUAGCUGAUGUGAUGGAUGUGCAGCAUACUCUCAAGGAAUUGCGGUCGAAACCAGAGUUGCUUUAUCUUGAAAACUAUGGUCAUAUAGAUUUCAUUUUGGGUGUAGACGCAAAGAAAGAUCUUUAUGAUCAUAUUAUUAAGUUUUUUAGGUCACGGGGAAAGUCUAGUAGUUUCUGAAGCAACUGCUUACCGUGUCUUAUAUGGUCGAUGUGGAACUUGGAAGUCUUUUUUUCUUUUGGGGGAGGGGGUGAUGUACGGAUGUAUCAGACUCUUUAUGUUCAUGUAUUAUAAAGGUCAUUAUAUCUCC